AUGGUGUACUAUUCGUUGACCGAAGCCCCUCACAACCUCAAGGAGGGCAUUGACUGGUUGAUUGCCCUUAAGGGAACUGAUGCUGAAAGCAACAUUGCUGCUUUGGGUGCUGCAGUAUAUGAUUUCCUUGCGGACAAGCCAGUUGGAUUCACGAAGGUUCCAGUUCUGGAGGAAGUCAAACAAAUUACCAAGGAGUUCAUGGAGCAGGAGCAGCUUAAGGAUCUGUGGCCCGCAAGAGAGCUGCUGUGGAGGUUUGACAACUCUGCGAACAAGCACAGCUCAUACCUCGGCAGAAACUUUAUCGUUGACGAAAGCGAUCAUGCUAACAUCAUAACCGCUCAUGGUGUCGAGACUAAAGAUAUCGCACAAGAUCUAACUGAAGUUGUAGACGGUUGUGAGAAGUUCCUGACACAGAUCAAAAGCACCGACCUCUAUGUGUCCGCUUACAAUUCAGAAGCGACGUGGGAGGCAUCAUGUUCGGAAAAUCCGGAAGAUUGCGCAGCCGUAUUCGUGGGUAUUGCACCUAUGUUGUACGCAGGUCUACGUUCCUUACGGAGCGCGAACAACACUGGCGCCUUGGAAUACAUAGGGAUAAAGAAGGAAACUAAUUUGGAAACGAUAUUGGAUGCCAUGGGUUACGAAGAGUCAGAUCUUCAAUCUGACGUUGAUCGUUCAUACAUAUUGAAAGCGUUGAGAAGUGUGAACUUGCGAAUGUUGUCGACACUUUUCAAUCUCUCUGGGUUCUGGGCUUUCUAUGGAUUGUAUAAUAAACUCCCUGUAGCUGGACUAUCUGUAAAAACGUCAGGACAUGGUAAAGCUCGCGCUUCCGUCAUUGCCGGAGAGGAUAAAUAUGAAAUACCAUUUGUUGACGUUGACAUGGGUUCGAAUUCCAAGUUUGCUAAGAAGCCUGCCAAAACAGAUAAUGCACUCGGGUCGGAUAACAUUUAUUAUUCGGGUGUACCCACUGUGGCGGAUUUGGGCCAUGCUAUCCCCUUUUAG